CUCCACCUCAGCAUACCUACACUCGUCAUCUCGGCCUCGCUUGUGCGCCCGCUGUUUACACGUGCACCAGCGCUCUCGGCCGUCGUCUGCGCGUUGCCUGGACCGACCAUUCACUUCACACUUGACGCGCCGCUCGGUGGGAACUUGUAAACAAACAGACAUGAUGACGGCCGAGGGCCCUUCCUCGGCCGGGAGCUCGCGUCCGACGUCUCCACGCAGCCCAUUAUUUGUUCCCAACGGAGCAGAAGCAGGCCCCGGCCCCGCGACACAGGAGGCGAGACGCGCACGCAGCCCGUCCCGCCGCUCCCGCUCUCUCCCCAAGCUCUCAUCAGCGAGCGAGGCGUCAAAUGACGACGAGGACGACUACGAGCGCCAGCGCCUGAAGCGCAUGCAGGAGAACCAGUCGCUGCUCGCGGAGCUGGAUAUCUUCGGCGCAGCCAUCGCGGAGCCAGCCCCACGACCAGCGCCGCGUCGCCAGAAGCAUGUCGAGCGCCGCGACCGGUAUGGAUACAUUGUAUCGCUCCCACCUCCGGGCAAACGGCAUGUGCUAGCCGCGAUUGAGGUGCGCACGGAGCGGGCUGUGCGCCGCGCGAUCGACGCGGGCGAGUACAUCGACUGCACGCAUUGGGCAGCGGGAGAGGAGCGGCGAUGGCGCUUCGGGUGGGGGAACGGGGUGCUGGAGGAGGGAGAAGAGGCCGUCGUGGACGGUAUCGGGCCCGAUUUUCGAUGGAAGGAGGCUGUGGAAGAUGAGUCGGAAGACGAACCGACCCCUACACCGGUGCCAGUCCAGGCCGGGUCCCCGCCUCAGGAGUCGGUCAAGAAGAAGUACUCGGACCUGCCGGAGGGCACGUGCCACCAGUGUCGCCGCAGGUCGGACAAGCCCAAGAUGCGCUGCCGCAACAUUGAGGGCGGAUGCGAGAACCUGUUCUGCGAGACAUGCUGUCGACGAUACUACUACUUCGACUUUGACGAGGAGAGCCGUUCCUUCGUUUGCCCCGUGUGUCUCGACAAGUGUAAUUGCAAACACCACCUCGAAGAGCAAGGGCUGGGACACCUUGCGGGCAAGGCAUUCCGCGCUCCAGGGGAGGGUCUGCCGGGCGAGACGGUGCAGCACUACAUCGAGCGGUACAUCGAGAAUAAGGGACGGGAGGAGCCGCCGUUCGACCGUGUCCGACUCGUCAACAUGGACGAGGAUAUCGUCGCGCCACCAUUGACGGCUGAGUGGAAGGAGUGGCUCGAGGAUCAACGAUGUGAGCGACUUGGAAUCAAGCGCAAGAAACACGGAAGGAAGUCUAAGGCGGGUGGGAAAGGGAAGCGGAAAGCCAAGGCCCUCACCGAGGCAACGGGUGAGCUAGGAGGUAGCGAGGUCACUGGUGGCAAGGGGAAGGGCAAGGGCAAGAGCAAGCAGCCGCUGCUGCGUCCUGGGAUGGGCGGGAAGGACGCUUCGCUAGUCAAGCAAAUCAACGCCGCUGCGGCAUCGAAGAAGAAGCGGAAGCGACGUGACUCGGCAGAUGCUUCUGAUGCCCAAGCGAACCAGGCCCAAACGUUCGACACACCAACUGAGUUGGGCGACACUGGCGCACCGAUCCUCCUCCGCUUCCGCCCACCGCGCGUGCGUGAGAUCGACUCGGAUGGCGACAGCGUCCGCGGCUACUCGUCUGAUGAGAGCGAGACGAGCAACUCGGGCCAGUUGACUACCAACGACUUCCUAGCCCGCAUGGCGCAAGCCGUUGUGCCCACGCUCCCUAACUAUCCGCUAGAGGGCACGGCAUUGGGAGGGAUUGAAAUCGAGGGCAUUCAAGCACUCGACACCAGCAUGAAUGUUGAUCUGUCGGACGUCAACCUUGCAUCUUCCCCUGGCCAUCUUGCGCCGGUGUCCGGCUCCAGCUUGCACCACCUCCACAUGAGCGGUGCCGAGCUCAUGAAUGGCGAAUUCAUGCAUUUGCCUGGGCAAGGGAAUGUACAGGCUCACACCCCGGAGCCCAGCGACCUUCGCCUCACCUUGGCGCCAGCCGCCUCCCUCGAGGCCCCGGCCGCCAACUUCGGAGUAUCGCCAGCCACACCCAACAAUCGACGCUUCGCAUUCUCGGAGCUUUCGCCGCCCAGCUGUGAUCCGCUACCGGCUCUGUACCCCGCAUUUCCGGAGCUGCAGGCGACCUACUCCCCUGGACAGUAUCCGCCGUACUCACCAGUGCUGCAUCCGCCUCAUUCCCCGGCCCUGCAUCCGCCAUAGUCGCCGCCCGCGUACUCAGCCCCGAUGUACGCGCCCUACACGUUCUCGGCUGGACAGGAGAGGAGGGAGGAGAAUGGCCAGCACGCCGACGCGGAACCGCCGCGCAAAAGACGCCCGCCACCACCUGCAGCACAUAUAGUGCGCGCCCCCAAGCACCUCAAGGACCAGGUCGACGCGCGGUGGCACCAGCGCGCCUAGUGCUACAUGUACUCGCGUUUUGUGAUGUACAGAUGAAAUCCUGUCGUGGAA